AUGGCUUCAUCAAUUGUCGAUAACAUAGAAUCUCCCUCAUUAACAUCAAAUCCUUCUGCUAGUGAAGAUGAAAAAUCUUCUAUAAAUAAUUCUGAUGAACAAUAUCGAAAAUUGUUUAUUGGUGGUUUAAGUUAUACGACUGCAGAUGAUAAACUCAAGGAAUAUUGCUCAAAGUACGGUGAAAUAAUUGAAUGUGUGAUUAUGCGUGAUCGUGAAGGUCGAUCACGAGGUUUUGCUUUUGUUAAUUUUAAAGAUCGUGCAAUGAUUGAUAAUUUUAUGGCACAUCGACCACAUAUCAUAGACGGUCGACAAAUAGAACCAAAACGUGCAAUGCCACGUGAAGAAACAUUAAAAACUGAAGGGCAAUUAACAGUUAAAAAAAUCUUUAUUGGUGCUAUUAAAGACGAAUUAACUGAAGAUGAUCUUAAAUCUUAUUUUCAAACAUUUGGCAAUAUUAUUGAAUGUAAAAUCAUGAAAACUAAAGAAGAUAAAUUUCGUGGUUUUGCUUUUAUAACAUUUGAUGAUUAUGAUUCUGUUGAUCGUUGCAUACUUGAAAAACCUCAUAGAAUUAAUGGUAAAGAAUUAGAUGUACGAAAAGCAAUACCACGUGAACAAACUUCACGUAUGAAUGGUUUUAUUUUAAAUAAUAAUAUGAAUAGUCAUAAUCUAAAUACUGAUUUUUAUCAUUUACAAAAUCGUUAUCCAACACAUUUAAUGAUUAAUCAUCCAACAUUAUCGUUUCCUGCAUUUUCACCUUAUGCUUAUCUUCCUCCAUCGAAUUAUUUAUCAAAACCAAUGCCAUUAAUGGGAACAACACCAGCAACAACAACUAAUUCUUGUCCUCAGUCAGGUGUUUUACCUCCUACGACAUUUAUUUUACCACCGGAUUUAACAAAUAGUGCUUUUUUUCGUAAUCAAACUAUUUCUUCCCCACCACCACCACCACCACCACCACCACCAUCAACAUUAUCUUCAACACGAACAAAUAAUAAUACACAAAAUCAAAAUGAAACGAAAAACAAAAUGAGUAAUGACUUAACAUCGGAAUCCAAUGAUUCAUUAAGCAAUCGUCAAUCAAACAUUGUUACAACAGGAAUUUCAGAUGGUGCUACGCCGAUUAAAUCAAAAUCACGUUCAAUGCAUCAUAGUAGCACAACAAAUGAUCCUAAUUCUGAACAACAUCGAAAAUUAUUUAUUGGUGGAUUGUCUUUCAAAACCACAGAUGAAACAUUAAAAGAAUAUGUAACAAAAUUUGGUGAAGUAAGUGAUUCAUUAGUCAUGAAAGAUCAAAACGGUCAAUCAAGAUGUUUUGGUUUUGUUACAUUUACUGAUCCUCAAACGAUAGAUGAAUUUAUGAAACAACGACCACAUACACUAGAUGGUCGUCAAAUUGAUCCAAAACGAGCAAUGCCACGCGAAGAAGCUAAUAAUGAUGAAGUUCAUUUAACAGUUAAAAAAAUUUUUAUUGGUGGCAUUCGAGAUGGACUUGAUGAAGAAGCAUUAAGAAAAUAUUUUGAAAAAUUUGGUCAUGUUAAUGAUUGUUUUAUAAUGCAUGAUAAAGAUGGAAAAACACGUGGUUUUGCAUUUCUUGAAUUUGAUGACUUUGAUUCUGUUGACAAAGUUAUUUUAAGUAGACCUCAUAUUAUUGGUGAACAUCAUGUUGAUGUUAAAAAAGCUGUCCCAAAAGAUCAACGACAAAUACAAACUCAACAACAGCAACAACAACAACAAUUACAACAACAACAAUAUGCUUUACAAAUGCAAGCAGCAGCUGCCUAUCAAUAUUACUAUAAUAAUUCACCAUAUAAUUUUUUAACAAAUGGAAGUUGUACGUUUCCAAUAUCAUCGCCUCCUUCAUUAAUGACACAUAAUGGCACUAAUAAUGUUGGUUUAGAUGAUAUGUUUUCUCGUCUUCGAACAUCGAACAACAAUAAUAAUAUUUCGAAUUCUCUUCGUUAUAUACCUACAGGCAAUAAUCGUCGACAAUCAUCACGUGGUAGUCAAUAA